GAUAUCUGUACAAGAAUUCUUAACUCUACUGUCUAAUGUAUAUACGUAUAUAUAUAUAAAUUAAUAAUAUUUGAUAAAUUUUAUAAUUAAAUAUUUAGUUCUUGGUGAAAGGUGAUAUUUCGUAAGGUUUCCUAAUAUAUAGUUUAUAACAACUAAGACUAACAGUUAUGCUGAAGUCACACGAAAAUAUGCAUUUAGGGAUGAAUAUUUCAAAUGCAUUACAACAACUAGAAAGCGUCAAAAUAGCUGUAGAUACGAGCGAUGAUCCAAAGUUAAAGGCUGCAACAAAUGAUGAUUUAAAUAUGCUUAUUAAUUUGCUUGAGAAUCCAAUAUUAAGGAGCAUAGUAACACUACAGGAUUCUGUGGCCAUGCUUGCUACUCAGGUUGCACAUCAUCCUUCUAUUAUUCCAGAUGACUUUGAUAUAACACCUGCAGGUGACCUUGCUUUACAAACAAGAAAUUUUUUUGGAAUUCAUGAAGGAGAUGAAGAACAAAGAGUUCCUCAGGUUUCACCACCACAAAGUCUUGAAUUUGGUUCUUCUGGGGAGACCGAAAGAAUAUUAGGAAUUGAUACAGGAUCUGUUGAAUCACCAAAACAGACAAGGGGUAUUUUGGAAAUAGCUAGAAAUGACGAGUCACUGGCAUCUACUAAUAAUAUUGUCAUUGGAGAUUGGGCACAAGUUGAGAUAAUAAACUUGGUCAAUGAUGGCACUGGUCUUGGUUUUGGUAUAAUUGGCGCCAGAACCAGUGGUGUUAUUGUGAAAACUAUUCUUGCCGGUGGCGUCGCUGAUCGUGAUGGAAGAUUAAAGUCUGGUGACCAUAUUUUGCAAAUUGGAGAUGUAAGCCUCAUGGAAAUGGGGUCUGAGCAAGUGGCAGGGGUGCUGCGGGCAUCGGGUUCUCGUGUCCGUUUGGUAGUGGCUCGUGGGGUAGACCCGGCGGCCUUGCACCCAUCAACUGCACCUGUCGUGCCGGCUAGACUUCUGUCAAGCCCUGAAGCUCUGGACCGCUAUCUCAUGGAAGCCGGUUUCGAGCAAGUAUUCCAAACACAACCGACACCACUUCAUGUCAACUCGGCUUCGACAAGAUUUGUCUUCGAUAAGUCCAUCACUCCGCCGCCAGAAAGUGACGCAGAGUCACCUGAAGUAGAUAGGUUUACCGUGCAACUUAAAAAGGACGAAAAUGGAUUGGGUAUCACCAUAGCAGGGUAUGUGUGUGAAAAAGAGGAAUUGUCCGGGAUUUUUGUGAAAUCAGUGACUCCGGGUAGUGCGGCUGCUCUCAGUGGUAAAGUGCGCGUUAAUGACCGCAUAGUAGCAGUUGAUGGCGUCUCACUCGCGGGUAAAUCAAACCAAAGGGCAGUGGACGCUCUCAAGCAGAGUGGGAACAUUGUUACCCUAGAACUUGAGAGAUAUCUUCGUGGUCCGAAAUUCGAGCAACUCCAACAGGCAAUAGCGGCAGGUGAGACUGCAGCGGCAGGAAUGAUGAAUGUCAGCAAUCCCUUCCUGCACAUGCAUCGCGCUGAUAACUCUGAUUCCAGCGAACACCACAUACAGAUGACACACCUUAAUACUACUUCAGAGACUAGUGUCGACGAUGUGAGUGAGAGCGGUCGCAGCUCUGUGUCGACGAUACAGCGCCCGCAGCCGGCCUUUGAGAUGCCGCGGACACAGGAGCAAAAGGACGCUAUUAAGAGGAAGUGGCAGGCUAUACUUGGUGAUGACGUUGAGAUAGUGGUAGGUGUGGUGGUCCGUGGUGGUGGAGGCCUGGGUAUCUCCCUGGAGGGCACCGUGGACGUGGAAGGUGGUAGAGAGGUCCGACCCCAUCACUAUGUCCGGUCUGUCUUGCCCGAAGGACCAGUGGGGCGUGCACGUGUCCAUAGACCCGGAGAUGAGUUACUUGAGGUGAACGGCCACAGACUGCUAGGCAUGAAUCACCUGGAAGUCGUAUCUAUUCUCAAGGAGUUGUCAAGUGAGGUCUGCAUGGUUUGUGCUAGACCUAGACCUACGCCAGCCAUAGACCUGACUCCACCUGCGCCUACACUUGUUAAGGCAAAGUCAGAUGGAAGUCUGGCCGGCGCAGGCGCAGGUGUCGAAGACGGUAACACAGGAAAGGUUCGUUCGCGCAGUCUAGAACCACUAACAGGCCUGGCCAUGUGGUCUUCGGAGCCCCAGAUUAUUGAGUUAGUAAAAGGCGAGCGUGGUCUAGGUUUCUCGAUCCUAGAUUAUCAGGACCCGCUGCGUCCUGCGCAUACGUUGGUCGUUAUUCGCUCCUUGGUCCCGGGGGGCGUGGCUCAACAAGAUGGAAGACUUAUACCCGGGGAUAGAUUACUAUUUGUUAAUGAUCAGAAUUUGGAAAACGCAAGUCUAGAGCAGGCAGUAGCGGCUCUAAAGGGCGCCCCAAGAGGCGUGGUCCGCAUCGGAGUGGCUAAGCCCUUGCCAUUGGCUGAUCACCCACCGCCGCCGCCCACCACACCUCCGCCAUCGGCUUAAACCUCCUAAAUACCUAAACCCAAAUGAAUAAUUUAUUCACAAUGACUCGUUUAUAAGUGAGUUUCAUACAGUAUUUAAUCUUAUUUUAUAAAUUGAACCUAAUUAAGAAUAGAUCAAUGUAAUGGCGCCAAAAUUACAACAUGCCAUAAAGUAUAAAGAUUCUCUCGAAUAUUGCAUUUGCGCGCCGCCAUCUAUAAAUUUUGACAUAUACAGUCCAUCAUUUUGACAAAUGACAAUUGUCAGUUUGGUGGUCUUGGACGGUUCGUUUGUUGAGUUCAAUAAAAUUUUAAAGAAUGUUCCCUAAAAACUUAUUAGUAUUACUAAUACAUUUGAAUUGAAUGGCUACAAAUAGUGUAAAUUCAAACGCCAAGUUAUAAUACAGUUUGUAAAUGUCCCUAUAUCUAUGUUUAGUAUUAAAUUGUUAAAAAAUCCUAAAUCGCCAGAUUAUAUUUAAUAUAGACAAAGUAUCAUAAGAAGAUUUUAUUGUAUAUUUGUUCUGGCAAAAAACUAUGAAUUUCAAAUAUCCUUUACGGCUGAUACUUCUUUGUAGCCAUAGUGAUCGGUUUUGUACUUAUUGAAAUAAGAGAUUUUAUUUAUAUAUAGGCGAAAUUUCAAACAGUUAAAAAGUAUUAUUGUUAUUUGUUCUAUGAUUGGCGUUAUUACCAAUAUCGUUGGAUUAUAAGUAUAUAUGAUUAUUAAUUGUUAUCAUUCCAAAUAUAUCGAAUUAAAAAUAAAGUAGAAUAAAUA